AUGUCGUCAACCCGACAAGCGGUCGUCUCAUGCACGUUUGCAGCAUGCUCGAAAUGCAGCGAGCCGCUCUUCUCCGACAACUACAUUCGGAAUAACAAAGCCAACGGCGCCAAGGUGCUUCGGUGUUUUCCGCACAAGUGUGUGCAGCCGUCUCCAUCUUCGUGUGGCACGUACCUGGUCAUGCAAGUGACCGGUACAUUUACGUCCGAGGAAGCCGACUCGUUCGUGUCGUUCUCGCGCUUCGAGGCGUACCACGACAACCACUUGGACGUCGGGCAACAGAUCUCGUACUCGACCAUUGUCGCCAACGCCAAGCGACCCGGCAGGGACAUGGGCGUGUGGAUGCGCAACGUGUUGGAAGGUCGCCCUCCGCUGGGCAAGCCGCCAUUGACGUACACGAUCAACAAGAACGCGUUGGGCAAUCCGUGGCAAUAUGCGUGGAAAGGCGGCGCGUCCAAGGCCCUGCGCAACACCCAGCACGUGUUCAAGGCGUAUGUGUUUCAUACAAUGUUGGAACCUGGUAAAGAGACGCUGCUCCGUGUGCUGGGCGUAGCCACGUCACAGCCAUUCACCCUCACAUCCCUCCGUCGAGCAACUCCACCUAAAUUGACCACCCCGUCACUGGUCGACACUCACCUUGCACCCCCCCCCACGACACCACUGUUUGACGUGACCGUGGAAUUUGACGGCUGCGACUGCCCCAACGUCCCAACACCGUCGCAGGUGUUUGCCGACACGUACCUCCGAAGCAACAAGUCAUCGGGGUCCAAGGUCCUUCGGUGCUUUCCACACUGCUGUCCAACACACAAAGGACACAGCAGCUGCGGCGGACCGAUUGCAAUCACAUCAUCUGGCCCUUCAUUAGCCAUCGGCAGCAUAUCGUCCGUCGAAGUCAAGGCCGUGGCUCGGGUGGAGCGACAUCGAGAAGACAGCUACCAAGUGGGCGAUAUGUGGACUCCACCGUUCAAUUCAACCGGACACCAAUAUCCGGACAACGAAAUGGGGCCAAGUGAUUGGGUGGCUGGGGUGCGGCGCGUCCCAUCGUCGCAUGGGGCGGUCUCGUUUGACUUUUACGAGCCAGGCUGGCCAUACAAUUGGAGGGGAAACGCGAGCAAAGCCUGUCGACACACCCGACACGUGUGGAAGGCGAUUGUGUUGAUGCAACAGCACGACAACAAGUGGAUCGUAGUGGGGACGCUGACGUCGCCAUCAUUUGGGGUGUUGUCGUAUCGAAGAAAUCACUCCGAGGCGGUUCCAGCGGCGGGUGCUGCGCAUGAUGAAGCGAUCGAUCCGACGAGGACGGCGCGGCGGCAUCCCCUUCGCAUGCAAGACAUUUUGGCCUCGGAUCUGCCCAUUUCAAAGAUUCGCCCGCUGCCUGCCGACAAGUAG